CCAUAAAACCAAGAGUAUAGAUUAAUCAAAAACAACAAAUUGCAAAUCUAUUUAUUGUCAAUAGGUGACAAUGAGCCUGUAUUUUUAAUAAGAUAUAAAUUUUUACUUAGAUGGCAGCUUUUGCAAUAUAAAUAAUUAUCAAUAGCUCUACACAAUUGCUAACUAUCCAGCGACAAAAUUUACAACGAUUUUCUGCACAAAAAAAAACAUUUUCGAGCCUUUUUUUCUUGGCAAGUGGAGAUUUUCCAGCUGAGCAGUUGAUUAUUUAGACCAUUGCGUGAAUAAUUUACUCGCUGUGAACUCGUUUUGUUGACAAUAAGCAUGUUCGUGACAGACCCAACUCCUUGUGCACAGAACAUAGCAGAUGCCUUGAAGUCAUACAAGGUCAAAGCGUCAGAGGUCAAACUGGUGGCACAAGAUGACGUCAGCACCAUUCUGUUCAGCUGGUACUCCUCCACUGAUGACGCCACUUACAUUGGCUGUUAUCUGCUGAGGGUGAAGACGAAGAAUAAACAAGGCAUCCCAAGGACACAGACUAUGCGGGAUACAAUGGCUACAGCGGGUUCCUCUGGCCCAGCUGGGUGUGCCGGCGGCAAUCCGGGCGGAGGUGUCGUGGUGCUGUGUCAGCUGCCGGGGUGUCUGGACAUUGUGCACAUGUCUGUGGAUGGGAGACAGCUGCAACUGCUCUCUCUCGUCUACAGCAGACAAAUCGCAGGAGAGACUGUCUACUUCGUCGACCUCAUUGACCGACUGAAGGUGCUGGACGGAAACCACUCUGAGAGGAGGUUCUCCGUCAACCUCAACAGUGGAAACAGUAGUGCCUCGUCAUCUGCCACUUCCUCACUUGUCAAAACCCACUUUCUGCGUCGCCAGGAGAGUGGGGGGGUUGGAGCGACCAUGAGGCGGAACCCGAAUCCAGUGUUCUAUCUGCUAGUGAUGGUGCUAGGAGUUGACCUGCACUUGUACAAAGUCAGCUGUGAACACAUCUACAAUACAGAUUACGCAAUCAACCAGUGCCGCAUUCUCAAAAACAGGUACCAUCGCAUCCCGUCGCCUCCCAAUUUGAGCCCGGUGGGUGGAUUCAUCUGGGCCCAGUGGGACUCCAAGCACCAGAGGGUUUUCCUCCUCACCCUCCAUCGGGACAUGCAGCAACCCACCGGGUCAGGAAGCAACAACAACAACAACAGUGAGCCCAAAAUGGACAGGUGUCUCUUUUUGGAGGGCAGAGAGUACAAGGCGGUCGACUCGGCAGAACAUGUCAAGUCGUUUCUCAAUGUUCCGCUAUUGGGAGAGUUCAAGGGGAAAGUGACGACAAAUGCCUUUGGACAACGACUACGUCUGACUCUGAAUCAAAUGGUUCCGACCGAUGAAACAAAGGUAGACACCACCCCAAUGUCAGACUGUGUCAACUACAGUCACGUGAACGGGAGGUUGCUGGCACAGGGCAAUGGGACUGUGACGCUGUGCAUGCAGUUGCUCAAACAGAAGUAUGAAUCUAGAGAUGUCCUCAGCUACGCCGUCGUCUCAUUCCAUCACAUGAUU